AUGGAUGCAGAUCUAUUAAUUAAAUUCAUCAUCAGAGCACUCAUGUUUCUAGGAGGGAUCCUGGGAAACAGCUGGCUGGCUAUAUGCUCCCUGCAUGGGCAGAAAUCUGGCAUCCGCACCAAUGAGGUCCUUUUCAUCAACCUGGCUGUCUCCAACCUCAUCACUAACUACCUGGUGGACCUUCCCGACACCAUGGCAUAUUUAGCUGGACGUUGGUUCCUAGGGGAAACCUUUUGUUUCGUGUUUCGUUUUUGCUCCGACCUCUCUGAAACCAGCAGCAUCUACACAACCCUCUUCAUCUGUACUUUCUGGCACCAGAAGCUCGUCGGCUCCCUGAAGCGUGGAGGCGCACCGGCGCAGCUGGAUAGCCUGUGCUUGGUGGGCUGUCUGCUGGCUGGGAGCUGGACAUUGGCUGUGGUCUUCAGCAUCCCACACUUUUUCUUUGUCGCAGCGGAGUCCACAAAUGAGAGCUAUGAACAGUGUAAAGAUAUCUUCCCUAAUGGGAUUGACAGCAAAACCUAUGACAUAUUUUAUCUAACCUUGGCUAAUGCUAUCCCUGUUGCUGGAAUUGUUUUUACCAGUGUCCAGAUUGUCAUCACUCUGCUCCAAAACCUGCGACGUAUACAUGGUCAUACCUCUGACCCUACCAAGGAGAAGGUUAAGGAUGAAAGAAAGAGUAUUGAAAACAGAAAUGUCAGCACUGUUUCUUGUCCAGGCACCUCAAAAAAUCCCAAAGAUUCUGCAUCCCUAACCCACAUUUAUACAGAUGUGCCUGCUUCUUCCUGUCCCAAUGGAGGGCUGUCAGGUCACAGCUCUCCCCUCAACAGGGUAACAAAAACUGAGAGCAGAGUUGGACCUCCACCAAAUCUUCCAAGGCCCAGCCAAACACCAGCUAAGCCUAGUCCGAGCUCGACCACUCAGGUGAGGGCAGCCAAGAGUGUGCUGGCUGUAGCCAGCGUGUUCUUGGUCUGCUGGCUGACUCAUCUGGCUGUGCGCAUCACCAACACUGUUCACACCUCGUCAAUCGCAAUGGAGGUGGCCAGCUAUACUGGAGCCGCCUACACCUGCAUCAUCCCCUACAUAUUCCUGUUCGGAAUGAAAAGGAUGUCUUGCUCAUGGAAAAGAUAG